AUGGCAGCCGCAACUCCUUCGUUCAAAGAGGAACUCGCUCUUCUACCGAUGUUGAAGGGGGAAAGCAACUUCCCCAUGUGGACCAAACGGUUGAGGUCUUUCCUCAAAAGCAAGGAUCUAUGGAGCGUCGUCAUCGCCGACCCUGGACCAAAUCCCACUGCUCGAAUCAAGAAGCAAAUGGCGGAAGCAGGCUAUGCCAUCACCAUGAGGAUCGCCGACUUCAUCCACAACGGCCUGGUCACGGAAGAAAACGAAGACAAUGGUUACUUGAUCUGGAAGGACGUCAAGGACACCUAUGCUCGAUACACCACCCAUCGGUACACGAAGUGCAUGACCAACUGGCAUGCAAUCAAAUAUGAAGGAAAAAUGCUUCCUUUCAUCCGUGAUAUUCAAGACUCUCUCGAUGCCUUUGCGUCCAUAGCUCAUCCCAUGCCCAGCAAGGACGUCUGCAGUGUGAUUGUGUCGAAACUAUCACACACUAGACGAGCUCUCACCGAUUCCUUUGUCUUCAAUGCAGACAUCAUGCAAAACCAUCUGCUCCUCAUCGCAAGACUCAAAGACGUCGCGGAAGAAGAAGAAGAGGAACCGAAGAGAAAGGAAAGAUCGGCCGUGGCUCUCAACAACACCCGAACUCGUCCUCCAUCAGGUUGUCGUAAUGGUAAGCAUCAUCCAGAUGCUACACACCCAGAAGCCACCUGCUGGUCCUUGCACCCAGAGAUGCGGCCCAUAAGAAAACCUCGCCAGAAUCCCUCUCAGCACCACACAUCAGCUCCCUCAAACUCUGUGAACUCCAGCGCGAUCCCUCCUGUCGCCUCCCAGUUUGAAAAACCAGCUUUCAGUCAUAUCACCACUGUUAUCAUGUUGUCCGUUACUCCACAAACCCUCCCUGUGGUCCUCGACUCGGGCGCAUCCCACCACAUGUUCAACAACAUGGAUUUCUUUACCGACACUCAUGCCUGCAAUACGCCUAUCAGCACCGGCAAGAACUCUGCAGAUCUGGUCGCAACCCUUGAGGGCACUGCCUCCAUCAUGGAUUCCACAGGCAAAAUCAUUCAGCUACCUGGAUCCCUUUACGUUCCCGGACUCCGUCUCUAUCACCCGUCAAGAUGA